AUGUCCACUGGCAAGGCAUUCCAAUACGCAAUUCGUCUGGUCCCAACUGGACGGAGCGCCCAGAAACAGAUCGCACCCAUAGUGCAAGGCUACGCGGACCAUCUCGAACGUCGCAAAGAUAUGGUCAUCAAGCAUGUUCUCGGGAAUUUCACGGAGGCAUAUGACUCGGCCCGCGGAGCAGCUAUCCGGUUCCACAGUGAUGCUAAAUCCCAGACAACUUCAACUAAUGGCAUGGGAUGCUGCAUGUUUAUCAAGUACUAUACACCACCCAAGCAGGAGGAUCCAGAACAGAAACAGCGCUACAAGAUAUUUUUCCUCAACAAGAUCAUCGAGAACGGGGCAUUCAAACGGGAGGGGAAGGAAGUACAGGUGGAAAUCGACUUGGAGCCAGACUUCACGCUGGAUGUUGAGCCCCAAGAGAUGUACAACACAAUCCUUAGCGCCUUGAGCAAGGCAUCUGAGGACUUGAAGAAUGGUGUCAAGAGUGACUGA